GCUUUCAUGUGUGCAGCGAUUAAAAAGGGGGAAAGGAAAAACAGAGGAGGAUUGUCGCUUACUCAGCAAAAGCUGGUUUAGAAAAUGUGGCCGGCUUCCAGAUUGCUGGGUGCAUUUGCAUCGAUGUGACUGAAGGGCUUCACUGAGCCUUCUCUCGCCUGCACUGCCAGGAGGUGCCCGGUAUUGACAUCUAAAAUUGCAGCAGGCUCCACAGUCCUGAAGCCCCUUAAAAGGAUGUCCUCUCUUAUGGAGCUGAAGGAAGUCUUCCAAAACGCUGAUGCCGUCUGCUUUGAUGUGGACAGCACGGUCAUCAAAGAGGAAGGCAUCGACGAGCUGGCGAAAUUCUGCGGCGUCGGAGACGCAGUGGCCGAAAUGACUCGAAGAGCGAUGGGUGGCACUGUAACGUUCAAGGCUGCUUUGACUGCCCGGCUAGCCCUCAUCCGCCCCUCCUAUGAACAAGUGCAGAAAUUGAUAUCAGAGCAUCCGCCCCAGUUAACACCGGGAAUAAGGGAACUGGUCAACCGGCUCCACCAGCGAGGUGUCCAGGUCUUCUUAAUCUCCGGGGGGUUUCAGAGCAUCGUGGAACAUGUGGCUUUGCAGCUCAACAUCCCAACAGCAAACGUCUUUGCCAACAGGUUGAAGUUCUACUUCAAUGGAGAAUACGCCGGUUUUGAUGAGACACAGCCAACUGCUGAGUCGGGUGGCAAAGGACAAGUCAUUAGUUACCUGAAGGAGCAGUUUCAGUUUAAGAAGGUGGUGAUGAUUGGAGACGGAGCAACAGAUAUGGAAGCCUGCCCGCCUGCAGACUGUUUCAUUGGCUUUGGAGGCAACGUCGUGCGGAAACAAGUCAAGGAGAAAGCCAAGUGGUACAUCACCCAUUUUGACGAACUGCUGAAAGAACUAGAGGAACGAUAAAUUAUGAACUAGGCUUAUUUUAUUAACAUGUAUCGUAGCUAGAUGUAUAACUAUGCAAUUAAACAUAUUCUUAUUGUUGUUUGCAAA